AUGGUGACCUUCACAGCCGAGCGCUUCUCCCCGAAGCGCCUUUCUCCCAGGCAUAUCAAGGCCAAGAUCGAACCUCAACUCCACUGGAAAGUUCCAAUGGAGAAGGGUGUGUACAAGGAUCCUCGCUGGAGCAAUCCCGACCUUGAUCCAGUGAAGCCUGAAGAUAGAACUUGGGGCGCAGUGGAUUAUUGGGCAUAUUGGACAUCGGACAUGCUGGCUCCUCCACUCUCGUCCACGGUCAGCGCGGUUAUGUCCUUGGGAUUCACUGCUCGAGAGACGAUUCCGAUUGUCUUUUGUGGCUUUCUGCUUUGCUCAGGCGCACUUACACUUACCGGCAAGAUGGGGGCGCGGUACAACAUCGCAUUUCCAGUGCUGGUCCGCUCGAUGUUCGGCAUGUACGGGAGUUAUCCUGUCAUUGUUCUUCGAUCGUUCGUGGCAGCAAUGUGGACAGCUAUUCUCUGCGUCCAAGCUGGCGAUUUCCUGAACAACUGCAUCACUGCAAUCUGGCCUAGCUUUGCGAAUUUCCCUAACCAUCUUCCGGAGAGUGCUGGAAUCACGUCAGCCGGGCUCCUUUGCUUCUUCCUCUAUUGGAUAGUCCAGACCAUACUUGCCUGUAUGCCGAUCAAGAAGCUUCGGAUCCUCUUCCUCAUCAAGGGAAUAAUCGUUCCCCCAACAUUCCUUGCACUCUUUCUUUGGGGAGCCAUUGUCACGCAUGGUGGUGGCCCACUCGUUACAGGACAUGCGAAGAUGACCAGCUCGUACAUGAACACGGCGUACAGCGCAUUGACGGCCUUGAACAGUAUCAUUGGCCUUUUCAGCUCCAUGGCUGUGAACUUUCCCGAUUUCGCACGCUUCUCGAAGAACAAUCUGGCCGGGUACAAUCAGGUUCUGGCUUUGCCAAUCAUUGGAACUCUGGGCGCUCUUUGCCCGAUCUUCGUGACUUCAGCGCACAGCUACCUCUGGGGCUCUUUCGAGUGGUAUAUGCCCGCCGUCAUCGCCAAGUUCGAUUCCCGUGCCGCCAAAUUCUUCACGGCAUUCAGCUUCAUCCUUGCAACGAUUGGCAAUCAAAUAGCUGCGGGUUCAUAUCCAUUCUCCAACGAUAUAAGUGGCCUCUGUCCGAAGUAUAUCAACAUCUUCCGCGCGACCUUGAUGAUUUCCGUGUUCUGCGUCGUCUCAAAUCCAUGGCAGAUCAUCAAGAAUGCAAGCGGCCUUCUAGCAUUCCUCUCAGGAUAUUCGAUGUUCAUGGGCGCUAUCUGCGGAACCAUGUGCUCACAAUACUACCUGAUCCUGAACAAGAAGCUCAACAUCCACGAGCUUUAUCACGGCCAUGGCAUCUACCGAUACUCGAAGAUUGGUGUCAAUUGGAGAGCCUAUGCCUCAUUCUUCAUCGCGGUCGGUCCGUUGCUGCCCGGGUUCAGCAAAAGUAUCAACAACAGCCUCGACGUCGGAGGAAUCUGGAAGAUUUAUACAUUUUCAUGCCUAUACGGCUUUGUCGUCUCUGGCUUGACGUACUAUCUCAUCUGUCGAUACGUGUCGGAUGUAGGAGCUGCAAAGAUCGAUGAGGCGGUAUAUCCACCAUCCAAGCCGCAGACAGGCGACAUCGAAAUUGUCAGUGCAGAUUCCGAGCAGGACUCAUAUGAGGAGAAGAAUGGCGUGGUUGAAGUUGCCGUCGGGGCCAAGGAGUUGAAAGUUUGA